AUGAAAUAAGUCAUCUUGAUAGUAAUGCUAAUUACUUUAGCAUUCUAAACAGAAUUAUAAAGUAAAGUAGAUUCAGUUAUGGCAUAAAUGGAUAAAAUGUCACUAAAAAAUGAUUUUUCAAAGUAAUUAGCAAGUCUUAUUGAACUUAAAAUGUUAUAAAGUUCUUAUGUAGAAGAAGUGUUAAAAGAAAUAAAAAGUAUUAGAGAUUAAUUAAUUGCUGAUUAAAGUGUUGAAGAUUAAGAAUAUGCAAAAGUAUAAGAAUUUAAUAAUANAUUUAAGCAUUUGUUAAUAAAUAUAUUCAUUCUAAUAAUUUUGGCAGGGUUUUCUUAUAUAAUUUAUGUUAAAACUUUAUUUAAAUAAGUAAUAAAACGCAUAAUAAUAAUGAUAGGAGAAAAUGCAAAAAUAUAAUAAUCGACAGGAUAUUGCUUUAAGAUUAAAUCAUUGGACAAUAAGAAAAGUUUUAUUAUCUAAGAUAGGAUUUGCAGUGUUUGUUGUUGGAUUGA